ACCGGUUUUUAUAUUUUUAUAAGAUGCAUAAAAAUAAGAAAUUACGCCAAGAAAUUUGUCCACAUGCCGAAAAAUGUUACAGAAGAAAUCCCCAUCACUUUAAAGAAUAUGAUCAUCCUCAUCUGAACGAUUUCUUACAACAAGGCGAUGAUUUUAAAUUACCAAGUGAUUUUUCUCAAAGUAGACAAGUUGUUGUGGAACAAUUAAAUGUUUUAAAAUCAUUACGAGGUAAUAUCAAUAAUGGAAAAUCAAAUAUUGCGAUUAUUAAUGAUGUUAGUAAACAAGGAUCAAGCACAAGUGUUCCUAAUACUACUGAAGGAACGAAAAAAUCAAAGAAAACGACUACAUUUGUCGCUGGAAAUUAUUUGGGGCACCAAAAAUACACAAUGGCCGCUAAAAUGGAAAAUAACAAGCCUUAUAACUUAUUUUUUACAACAAUACCUGAAUCAUAUGAUACAUUAGAUCAAAAAAAUUCUGUUACAUUUGCAGAUUUAUUAUGCCCAAGUUUAGGUGAACUAAAAUGUUCGCUACAAUUAAAUUUUAUCAUAGAUAUAUCAUGGUUAAUUGAACAAUAUCAAGUACAUAACGUAAACACAAAACCUUUAACGAUUAUAUACGGAGAUGACUUUCCUGGUAUGUCCAAUUACAUCAAUAAAUUUUUACCUAACGUUAAAUAUCAUAUGAUGAAAAUGAAGGAUCCAUUUGGAAUUCAUCAUUCAAAAAUUGGUGUUUAUGUUUACACGGAUAAUUCUAUAAGAGUUGUUGUAUCGACAGCUAAUUUAUAUUAUGAAGAUUGGAAUCAUUAUAAUCAAGGGUUAUGGGUGAGUCCGAUAUGUCCUCAAUUACCUGAAGGAACCCCUGAACACGAAGGUGGAGGCCCAACUGGUUUCAAAACAAGUUUAUUAACAUAUUUACAAACUUACAACCUACCCAUUCUUAAAGAUUUCUUGGAAUACAUUUCAAAAGCUGAUUUUUCAAGUGUGAAUGUAUUUUUUGUGGCAUCAACCCCAGGAAAACACUACCCGAAAAACUCUGGAUGCCACCUUUAUCGAACCUUAGAUCUUCUUUCUCGUCAUUGCAAAUUAGAUUCCGAUCCAAAUUCUUGGCAAGUUAACAUUCAAGCGUCAAGCAUCGGUACAUUAGGAAAAGCUCCCGGAGAUUGGUUACGUAGCGUGUUAUUGAGAAGUUUAGCUUGUAGACAAAAAUAUUCACCAACAGCUAACCCUACAGUUGAUAUUAACAUCAUUUAUCCAACGGUAGAAAAUGUUAUGAAAAGUUACUUUGGCCCUCAAGGUGGCGGAUGUUUACCAUAUUCUAAAAAAGUUCAUGAAAAACAAUUAUGGUUACAAAGUUAUUUACGCAAAUGGUCUGCAGAUUCAUUAUCAAGAACGAGAGCGAUGCCACAUAUUAAAACUUAUUGCAGGAUUUCACCGUGUAAAUCAAAAUUGGCUUGGUUUUUAUUAACUAGUGCUAAUAUUUCGAAAGCUGCUUGGGGUGGGGGUAUUCAAAGAGAUGGGGGUAUUUACGUUAGAUCUUAUGAAGCUGGGGUUAUGUUUUUCCCGAGCUUCUUUAACCAGGAACAUUUUGAAAUUGGAAAAGAUACAUUUCCUUUUAUGUAUGAUACAACUCUUAAAAAUUAUGGUUCCGAUGAUUACCCGUGGUGUAAUUAGCUUAUUUUAAAAAUAAUGUUUUAAGUUUAUUAUUAUUUUAAAUCCAAUAAAACAAACAAAAAAAUA